UCUGUCUGAGCCCUCAUAAAAACAUCAAAACGCUCUUUGCUCCUUACUCCAACACCUCUCUAUCAUCGGCUCUGCUUCACUUUCUUUCACUUUCUUCUGCGUCAUUCAUCUGGAAAACUAGCUAUCAUGGUUCAGCAUAAGGAAUUUGUGAAUGCUGGGAAGAAACCUGGUCUGCAGGUAUGGCGCAUCGAGAACCUCGACCUGAAGCCAGUUCCAAAGGAACUACAUGGCAAUUUCUACAUCGGGGAUGCCUACCUGGUGCUCCACACCACUGCAGCCCCAUCCUACUCCAUUCACAUGUGGAUGGGUGAUGAGUCUUCACAGGAUGAGCGUGGAGCACUUGCUAUCUUUGCUACACAGCUGGAUGAUUUUCUAGGUGGUAGUCCGGUGCAGUUCCUGGAGAUGCAGAACAAUGAAUCCAUGACUUUUCUGAGCUACUUCACACCAGGCAUCAAAUACCAGAAAGGGGGAGUGAAGUCUGGAUUUCACCACGUAGUGACCAACGAAGUUAGCAUGAAGCGUCUUCUUCAUGUCAAGGGUCGGAGAAUCAUCCGGGCAAUGGAGGUGGACAUGAGCUGGAAUAGCUUCAACCAUGGAGACUGCUUUAUUAUUGACCUGGGAAAGAACAUCUACGAAUGGUGUGGGGGUGAAUGUAACAUGUUCGAGAAGGUACAGGCCUCAAAGAUUGCCUUAGGCAUCAGAGAUGAAGAAAGAAAUGGCAGAGCCAAGGUGUACAUAGUUCAAGAUGGAGAGGAGCCAGAUGAAAUCAUACAGGUUCUGGGGCCCAAACCGUCCCUUAAGCCUUGUGAAACAGAUGAUAAGGAGUCGGACAAGACCCACAAGGCCAAGGCUGCCCUCUACAUGAUCUCUGAUGCAUCCGGCAGCAUGAAGACAAGUCUUGUGGCUGCGGAAAAUCCAUUCAAACAGGCCAUGUUGUCACAGGACGAGUGCUACAUCCUAGACAAUGGGGAGAACAAGCAAGUCUUUGUCUGGAAAGGUUCCAAUGCCAAUGUUGAUGAGCGCAAGGCAGCCUUUUUAGCUGCUCAGCAGUUUAUCAAAGACAAGAAGUACUCCAACAUGACACAGAUCCAAGUGAUCCCUGCCUGUGCAGAGACAACUAUGUUUAAGCAAUUUUUCUGUGACUGGGUUGACAAGUACGACACGACAUGCCCCACUCAGCCCUACGUCAUGGGGCGUAUAGCCAAAGUGAAGCAGGUGCCUUUUGAUGCCUCCAAACUUCACAGGGACCCGGCUAUGGCAGCUCAGUACCACAUGGUGGAUGACGGCAAUGGGGAGGUCAAGAUCUGGCGUGUGGAGAAUGGCGAUAAGGUUCCUGUGGAUGCCGUUUCCUAUGGCCAGUUCUAUGGAGGAGACUGUUACCUCAUCCUCUACUCCUACCAGCAGGAGGGCAGAAAGAAGCACAUCAUUUACUUCUGGCAGGGACUGAAGUGCACAAAGGAUGAACUGGCAGCAUCGGCGUUCCUCACUGUACAGCUGGAUCGCGAAAUGGACGGAUCCCCUGUUCAGGUGAGAGUGACUCAGGGUCAGGAGCCUCCCCACCUGAUGAGUUUAUUCAAGAACAAACCCAUGAUCAUCCACGGCGGAGGAACAUCAAGAAAGGGUGGACAGACGGAGACCGGCACCACUCGUCUCUUCCACAUUCGACAGAGUUCCUCUGGUGCUUGCCGUGCCGUGGAGGUCGAACCAGUUGGCAACAACCUAAACACCAACGAUGUGUUUGCGCUCAAAUGUCCAUCCAAUCAGUAUGUGUGGCGUGGUGAGGGUGCUAGUGAUGAGGAGAUGAACUUUGCCAAGCGUGUAAUCGCCAAACUGGGUUGGACUGCCAUCGAUGUGAAUGAGGGCAAGGAGCCAGCUGAUUUCUGGAAGGCUCUGGGUGGUAAGAAGGAUUACCAGACCUCCAAGGCUCUGAAGAAUGUCAUCAAAGCCCCACGUCUUUUUGGCUGCUCCAACAAGACUGGCACACUGAUUGUUGAAGAGGUUCCCGGGGAGUUCACUCAGUCAGACCUGGCCACUGAUGAUGUGAUGAUCCUGGACACCUGGAAUGAGCUCUUCAUUUGGAUUGGCAAUGACGCCAAUGAAGCGGAGAAGGAUGGAGCUGUCCGUAUAGCCAAAGAAUACGUGGAUACAGACCCCAGUGGACGGAGUAAUGUACCCACCUUCAUCAUGAAACAAGGAGCAGAGCCCCUGAAUUUCAUCGGCUGGUUCCAUGGUUGGGACCCCAACAUGUGGAACAAGGAUCCACUGCAACAACUCCAGAAAUGCCACUGAACCCAAACCUCCAGGCUCUUCCUGUGGUGUUUUUGCUCUGUAACUGUGCUGCGCUUCUUUUUGCCUUUAAAAAAACAAAACAAAACAAAAAAACAGGAAUCCCAAAGUGCCAAACCAGAUGCUGAAGCUGAUGUCAGGUUGAAAGGAGGCAAACUUGUUUUUGUCACUGUGCACCAUGUUCCUUCACAUCAGUGCUCAUCAUUUCAUUUGUAAAUUUGAGAGAAGUGAUUUGACUCGUGUGCAACAGCUUCUUCAAAAUAACAUUCAAUAUGAAAAAGAAAUGAAGAGUCCAAAAUGAUACAUAUCAGUUUUCUUCAUUUUUAGAAAAUCAUUAUUUUUAUAUAUAUAUAUUCCAGUGAAUUAUGAUAUAGAAAUCUACUUUAUCACUUUUUAACACACAUUAGAUAAAAAAUUUAAAUCCUCUUUAAUUUUUGGUGAUUUUAAUGGUUGAAAAUGAUGUUUGUGAUCAAAAUGUUGAACAUGUGAAGAAACUUUAUUUUUUCCAAAACGCUACAUAUCCAUCGCCAAAAUGGAUAUAACUCCUUUUUGUAGAGUAACAAAAAUGGCACAUAUCUCGUUUUAGAACCAAACUGAAAUUCAUGUUCAAAAAUUAGCUGGAUGUAUCUCAGUUUGAGUUAAAAUAUUAAUGGAAUGUGUAACACUGUCAUUAUACUGUAUGUUUGUGGUAAUAUUUUUUUAAAUGGCAUUUAUCUCAUUUUGGACAUAAACCCUUCAAAGAGAAAAAUAGGUAAGGAAGGUAUUUUCAACAGACAGCGAUAUCCUGUUUCUUUUUUCCAUGGAUCAUUACAUUGUGAUCCCAGCAUGCACCAUUUCUCUCCAUUUGAAUGCUUUCUCAGUAUUUACAGUUCAUUACUAUACUGUUUCUACAUGUUCUAUCAGCAGAGCAGGAAUAUUUUUGGUCAGUGCCAUCCAUGCAGCAAUGUUUUUCUUUGUUAUACUUUGUGGUUGUGAUGUUAAAAGGCGUACAGAUAAUGUACAAAUGCCAAACAUGUCAGCUCUUUGUGACCCGAAGCUGCAAACUGACUGUUCCUAAUAAAUAAACACUUCUAAAAAGUAAAA